AUGUCUAUUUCACAAAGAGCAUUGAAUGGAUUAAAGUCUUUAAUUGAGUUGAAUUUACAAUCAAAUCAACUGUCAAGUCUUGAAAAUAAUAUUUUCAAUAGUUUGUCUAAUCUUGAAACUUUAGAUAUCAGUGAUAAUAAUUUGAGAUUUCUUCCACAAAAUAUAUUCAAUGGAUUGAUAUCUCUAACUGAUUUGGAAUUAAGUUCAAACAAACUGACCAGUCUAGAGCUCAACACUUUUAAUACCUUGUCUAAACUUACAGAUUUAGAUAUUGAUAAUAAUAGUUUAACAUUUCUUCCACCAGGAAUAUUCAAUGGAUUGAAAUCUCUAAUUAAGUUGGAUUUGUCAGAAAAUAAACUGACAUUCCUUAAAAAAAAUACUUUCAAGAGCUUGUCCAACCUUAAAAGUUUAUAUAUCAAUAAUAAUAAAUUAACAUCUCUUCCACAAGGAAUAUUUGAUGGAUUAGAAUCUUUAAUUACAGUGGAUUUGGGAUCCAACAGACUUACAAGUCUUCAGUCUACUAUUUUUAAUUGGUGUAUUCAUCUGUGGAGAUGGACAAGGCCUGCAGACCAAUCAAAUCAUGAUGAUUUAAAAGAUGGCAACAGCAUUGGACCGGACAAUGACAUGAAUAAAAACCAAUCAACAACUCAAAAACAACCAGACAUUACCACUCAAAGUUCUUUACCUGCAGGAAACAUAACGAAUGCUAAAAAUGAUACUGAUGUUACCAAAACUAACCAUUUUAAACAAGUCGAUAAUACAAGUAAUUAUUCUACCGAACAACCAACAGAUGAAAGAAAAACAAAAAGUAUUACGCCUCAAAGUUUUUUACCUGUUGAAAACCAAAUGAAUGUUGAAAAUAAUACUGGUGAUACCAAAACUGACCAAUUUAAAAACAAUGAUACAAUAAAUGAUGCUACCACACACCCAACAAAUGAAAAACAAGCAGAAAUUAUUAUGACUCAAAGUUCUCCACUUGUUAAAAACGAAACAAAUGCUGAAAAUAAUACUGGUGACACCAAAACUGACCAAUUUAAACGAGUCGAUAAUACAAGUACUUAUUCUACCAAACAACCAAACGAUGAAAGUAUGUAA